UUCACGAAGAAAACCCACGAAACUUCAAGAUUUUAUCCUGAUUUUCCCUAUAUAUACAGACAGAUGCACUAAUCUGUCAUCUCCCACCCCAGCUGGCUGAUCAUUACUCGCUCGAAUUCAGCAACCUGCAGUGCUUCACUCUUUCGAUCGAGAUGUCGAUCGUAUCCACCCUGUUCGGCAACAGCGACCCAUUCAUUGCCCAGCUUGCCAAUCUCUGCCCGGUCUUGAGCGUGCCGAUAGACUGGAAGGAAACGCCGGAGGUUCAUGUCUUCUUGGCCGAUCUUCCGGGCCUCACGAAGGACGACGUCAAGGUGGAGGUCGACGACAACCGGGUGCUCCAGAUAAACGGAGAGUGGAAGGUGCCCGAGGAUGAUAAGACCGAGAAGUGGCUCCGUGUUGAGCGCCGACGCGGCAAGUUCUCGAGGCGGUUCAGGCUGCCGGAGAAUGCCAAGGCCGACGAGGUCAAGGCGUCCAUGGUGAACGGGGUGCUCACCGUGACGGUCGCCAAACAGGAGGUGAAGAAAAAGGCGGAGAAGAAGGUGAUUGAGAUCGAAGAGAUCAUCAAGAGCUGAUCAUGUUGUUGCCAUCAUACAACGUAUGAUCAGAUAUAUAUAGCGGCCAGGCCAGCCAUGUUUGUAGUACUAAAUGCUUCUAUAUUGCUCUCUUCCUACUGUUAGUCUUUUGUACUCGUUACUGCUUGUAUGUUAAGCUUCAAUAAAAGAAAUCACGAUUGCUUUC